CAGGGGCUGGGCUCCUCCGUGAGAGUGGCAGCUGGGCUUGCCCGCCGCGAGGAGCAGGGCGCCGCAGUGCUGUAGGAGCGGGCGGCCGAGACGCACUGCUUGGGAGCCCGCGGGUAUCCGAGCAGGCAGAGACCCCGGGGCUGCCUAACCCCAACCCGGCCGACCGAGCUCUGCGGCGCCCAGCCGAGUUCCAUCCCUCUCCUCAGGAGGGCUGCGCGGGCGGGAAGACGCCCAGACGCCAGCUUCGGUCCUCUUUCAGUCUCUCGGUUCCUCUUUCCUCCCAAGUAAGGGAAUAAGCCCCAAGGAAGGAGCGCUCCGGAGAACCGCGCAACCAAGUGUUGCACGCUGAGGCCGAAAGUUCUAACAGGUGAAUGCUGUCUUCCUGGAAGAGGCUUGAGAGGGGAGCAGAGGGGCAGAUUGUCUACAAACGCUAACAAAGUACAGCCUGCAGAAAACUUUGUGUCAUCAAAACCAGCUUUCCAUAUUUGUGAAAAGAAGAGCAAGGAUUUCUGAAUUUACCUUGAUUACAGAAGGAUGUUGCCUGAAGAAUAGCAGAGGUUUCUCUCCUCCGCUGAAAGGUGCCCACUGCAGCCACAACACUUGGGUCCUCAAGAAAUCUCCUGAAGGGCUUUUCCAUCGCCUACCUUCCUGCAAUGAGCCAGGCCUUCAGCUGGGCCUUGGCUUCAGCCUACUGAACAAAACUCUGUCCCUAGCCUCAAGCGCUCACACCCAGGAAAGAUGAAUGAGGAACGGUGGGUCUCCCUCACUCCAGAAGAAUUCGGCCAACUCCAGAAAUAUGCAGAAUAUUCUUCCAGGAAGAUAAAAGAUGUCUUGGCUGAGUUGAAUGAAGGUGGGAGCCUCAAACAGUAUGACCCACAUGAGCCAAUCAGCUAUGACGUCUUCAAGCUAUUCAUGAGGGAGUACCUGGAGGUGGAUCUUCCUCAGCCACUGAGCACGCACCUCUUCCUGGCCUUCAGCCAGAAGCCCAGGCAGGAAACUCCUGACCACCCAAAGGAUGGGACCAGCAACAGCGAGGCCAGUGGCCCAGAUUCCAACAUACAGAAUGCAGAUAAUGCUGCCAAAGCAGAUGAGGCCUGUGCCCCUGAUACAGAAUCAAAGAUCACCGAGAAGCAAGCUCAAGCUAUAGACCAAGUGGCUGCAACUCCCUUAGGAAGUCCUGUGGCUCAAUCACCAGGCUCAGAAUCCCCCACAGUGUACCUGAAGGAUGUGGUGUGUUACCUGUCCCUGCUCGAGACAGGGAGGCCUCAGGAUAAGUUAGAGUUCAUGUUUCGUCUCUAUGAUUCAGAUGAGAACGGGCUUCUGGACCAAGAGGAGAUGGAUCGAAUUGUCAACCAAAUGCUGCACAUUGCCCAGUACCUCCAGUGGGAUCCCACGGAGCUAAGGCCUAUAUUGAAGGAGAUGUUACAAGGGAUGGACUACGACCGGGAUGGCUUUGUGUCUCUCCAGGAGUGGGUCCACGGAGGGAUGACCACUAUCCCAUUGCUGGUCCUCUUGGGCAUGGACGACUCUGGUUCCAAGGGGGAUGGGAGGCAUGCCUGGACCCUGAAGCAUUUCAAGAAACCAACCUAUUGCAACUUCUGCCACAUUAUGCUGGUAGGCGUUCGGAAGCAAGGCCUGUGCUGCAUUUACUGUAAAUACACUGUCCAUGAACGCUGUGUAUCCAAAAACAUCCCUGGGUGUGUCAAAACGUACUCAAAAACCAAAAGGGGCGGCGAGGUGAUGCAGCACGCGUGGGUGGAAGGGAACUCCUCCGUCAAGUGUGACCGGUGCCACAAAAGUAUCAAGUGCUACCAGAGUGUCAAUGCGCGGCACUGCGUGUGGUGCCGGAUGACGUUCCAUCGCAAAUGCGAAUUGUCAACACUGUGUGAUGGCGGGGAACUCAGAGACCAUAUUUUGCUGCCCACAUCAAUAUGCCCCAUCACCCGGGACAGGCAAGAUGGAAAGCCUGAUGGUAGUGUGUCCACCAAGGGUGAACUCGUCAUGCAGUAUAAGAUCAUCCCCACCCCGGGUACCCACCCCCUGCUGGUCUUGGUGAACCCCAAGAGUGGAGGGAGACAAGGAGAAAGAAUUCUUCGGAAAUUCCACUAUCUGCUCAACCCCAAACAAGUUUUCAACCUGGACACUGGGGGGCCUACUCCAGGACUUAACUUCUUCCGUGAUACUCCAGACUUCCGUGUUUUGGCCUGCGGAGGGGAUGGGACAGUUGGCUGGAUUCUAGAUUGCAUUGAUAAGGCCAACUUUGCAAAGCAUCCACCCGUGGCUGUCCUGCCUCUUGGAACUGGCAAUGACCUGGCCCGCUGUCUCCGCUGGGGAGGAGGUUACGAAGGGGGCAGCCUGACAAAAAUCCUGAAGGACAUCGAGCAGAGUCCCUUGGUGAUGCUGGAUCGCUGGCACGUGGAAGUCAUCCCCAGGGAGGAGGUGGAGAAUGGGGACCAGGUCCCAUACAACAUCAUGAACAACUAUUUCUCCAUCGGCGUGGAUGCUUCCAUUGCACACAGGUUCCACGUGAUGAGAGAGAAACACCCUGAAAAAUUCAACAGCAGGAUGAAGAACAAGCUGUGGUACUUUGAAUUUGGCACCUCGGAGACCUUUGCAGCCACCUGCAAGAAACUCCAUGACCACAUAGAGUUGGAGUGUGACGGGGUUGGGGUGGACCUGAGCAGCAUCUUCCUUGAAGGCAUUGCUAUUCUCAACAUUCCCAGCAUGUAUGGUGGCACCAAUCUCUGGGGAGAAACCAAGAAGAACCGAGCUGUGAUCCGGGAAAGCAAGAAGGUCGUCACUGACCCCAAGGAACUGAAAUUCUGCAUCCAAGACCUCAGUGACCAGCUUCUUGAAGUGGUGGGGCUGGAGGGAGCCAUGGAGAUGGGGCAGAUCUACACUGGCCUGAAGAGUGCAGGCAGGAGGCUGGCCCAGUGCUCCUCAGUCUCCAUCAGGACGAACAAGCUGCUGCCCAUGCAGGUGGACGGAGAGCCCUGGAUGCAGCCACCUUGCACGAUUAAAAUUACUCACAAGAACCAAGCACCUAUGAUGAUGGGGCCUCCCCAGAAAAGCAGCUUCUUUUCGCUGAGGAGAAAGAGCCGUUCCAAAGACUAGACAGUGUGCUCAAUGUCAGCUCAAGCACGAGAGAAAACAAGAAACUGAAACACACACACACCACACCACACACACCACACACACACAUACACACACACACACACACACACACACACACACACACACACACUGUCUCUCUCUUCUCCAAUCAGUGGAAGCAAAGCCACCUUUCAGGAAGAAAGCUUCACCCUGACAUAUAUUCUGUUUUAACAAUGAACACACCCCGACAGAGCCAGUGCCAGCAGGACAUUUUGAAUGGACUUAGGGCUCAUGCAGCAACCACCACAUUCCCAGAAGGCCUUGAGUGGGACUUUCUCAGGCUGAAGGAAAAACCGCCCCCUUUCCUUCCACCAGCCCUGCAAGUCUCACAGAUGCUCACAAGAAGCAGGCUGCAGGUUUCCUGCCUAUGGCGAGAUCGGAUGUGGCCAAGGAAAGAGCUGGCAUUCCAGAGAACCUGCACAAAGGUCCCUCUGUACAGAGACCAAAGGGCCUCGGACUCAGAGAGCACAGCCCUGGGCAGGGCUCAGCACGCGCACGCUGGUUUCUGGGCUGUCCUUCGAGUGACAGCUUCUCCCCGAACUUGCUGAGGAGGCAGAAAGGCUGUGGAAAGCUGUGUUUCCCUUCUCGGUUCUGCGCGCUGUCAGUGGGCACCAGUCAUUUUCCCAAGGCUUCUGGUGGCUGGGUGUUUGUUUAGAGCCAGCUCCAAGAGCCCCCCAGGCUGCCUGCAUAGCACACCUUAGAUGUGGUAUUUAUUUUCUUAGUUCUGUGAACACCUGGGAGGGAAAGCAGAGAAACUGGGAUUUAUUUUUCAAAUUGGUGUCAUAAUAUUGUGUAAAAAGGGAAGAAAAAAAAAAAAAAACCACCCCCAGCUUCUUUCUUUUUCAAGCCAAAGCGUGUUUCCUGUUUGAGUUCCAAGCCCUGGUGGCAGACUAUUCCUGAAGGCAAAGAAGAUGGGAGGGAACGGCCUUUUGCUGAGGAAACCAGGAGACAAACCAUCAGGCGGUUCCCUCCUGCCUCUUUGAUCCUACCAUGCCCAGAGCUUGACCUGAAGGCCCUUCUGAUGGUCUUACAUGUCUGUACAUAUAUGUAGCAUAUAUGUGUUUAUAUAUAAAUAUUUAUUUACUGGUGGAUUUUUCCUGAUUGAAAAAAUAUAUAUGCAGUAUGGGAACAGAAAGUGGGAAAGAAAAAGGUUUUUACUCCCCCUUUUUGCUAUUUCAUUGUCAAGACACAUUUCCAAGCAGUGAUCAUGAGAUAUAAGGAAUAUUAAAGUAGCUCCUUGUCUUCAAGAGACUGAGAAUUUCUAUCCUGGAUCCUCAAAACCACCAUGAAAGACAUGCUGGGCAGGAUCUACUCUCCCAUUUGUCAGAUAAGGAAAGGAGUCUCAGAAAAGUUAAGAGACUUGUCCACGGUAUCUUGGCUAAUGUGGUGUGGGAUGAGGUGCCACUGAGAAGAUAUUUAAUAGAGAAAAGAACCUACACAUCUUGGAUUAGGGUCACUUCCAGUCACUGAGAUGUGAUGCCAUUUGGAUCCGGGUUGCCAGAGAAGAAUGAACAUGCGGUCCACGGGGGACGGGACAAGUCCCCAUGAGAAAAUGAGGCCCCAUCCCCACCCCCCGAUGCUUCCCAGAGACUCUCUCUGGCCUGAACUGGUGAAAAGUUGGUCCGGGGUUGAAGGCACUAGACAGAUCAUCAGAUUAAACUCUCCACAUGUCACCUCAUCAUGGUCAUCUCAAUCCUUAAUCUCGAAGCACCCCUGGCUGCAGAGGGGGACCUCAGUGGAGAUUCACAGGGGACAGAGGCACCUUCAGCCAGUACCCAGAGGCUUCAUUCAAGGGCACCAGCAUGACCUCCCUUCCUGAGGGCAAGUCUGGGGAGAGCUUCACUGGUAGAAAGAUGCACCUUGACGCCUUUCCUCCUUUGGCCUCCAUCCCCUCUGAGAUUUCUCAGAAGGAAACCUGGGCCCACUCAGCAGUUACUCCAUUGAGUUCCCUCUAAUCUUCUUGCACUGGGUCAGGAACUUUGGGCAAGGGAGGGGAAAUUAAGAUUGUGGGUACAAAUUGACCAUACCUCUGAAGGUCUCAGUCAUCUAGGACCAUCUAAGAUAGAGAUCUAGAACCAUCCUGCUCAACCUAACAGUGCAGAACACUGGGCAAGGGGAAAACAGGCCACCUGAAGAAUGUCCUACAGGAUGGGCUCUCUGGCAAUGGGACCAACAAGUUCCAGAAUGACCACAGGUACUAUCGUGGAAGCCACCUGAUUCUGAAAUGAAGGCAGGUUCAGCUUGAGGGGUCACUGCUUCUCAGACAUUUACAGAAGUUUCUGCAUGUGUUUCAGCCCCAGUCCCCCAAGAUGGAGGCUGUUGAGACAUGGUACUGUCAACAGGUGAAACUGACUCUCAGAGAUUCCCAAGUCAGAGACUGGCCCCUGCCUACUCCACUUUAGUGCAUAGGACUUGCCACGUUGCCCGAGAGACAAGUCCCAUGUCCUCCUUAGAGCCACAGAGUAUAACAGACAUCGGGGAAUUGCACUUUCAAUUCUGUAACUUCAGUGAGUCAGUGUUGUUGUUUAAUCUGACUUUGCAACUCAUCCCUUUGCCACUGUGACUGUGGUUUCUUAUUGUAGAGUACUGCAUCAUCGUACCCUCACAGCCACCCCCUGAGGCUGGCAGAGAAGCUAUCAUUAGCCCCAUCUAAGCAAUGAGGAAAACGAAGCUUAAUAAGACUUAGUGGCUUUUCAAUGUUAGGCAGUCAGGGGAGAACCCUCCCUUAUUCCUCAUCCUAUUCUGAUUCCGACCAUGCCACAGACAUGUUCUCACCUGCCCCACACAUCUACCCCACUAGCAAUAAAAAGAAUGAAACAGGAAAUCUUCA